AUGGCUGCAACGACUCCCCUAUCCGGUGUCCGUGUUUUGGAGCUUGCAGGGCUGGCGCCAGCCCCCUUUGCUGGGAUGCUAUGUGCAGAUUGGGGUGCUUCUGUACUGCGAAUCGAUCGGCCCACAGUCCCGGGUACCUUGGGAUCCAAAGACUUACUGGCACGACGGAAAAGCUCCUUGGAGGUCAACUUGAAGAGCGCUGAAGGGGUGGAAGUGAUGAGAGACCUCAUUCAAAAGGCGGAUAUCUUAAUUGACCCCUUUCGACCAGGAGUUCUUGAAAAGCUGGGACUCGAUCCCAAAGGUUUACUCGUGCAGUAUCCCAGGUUGAUCGUUGCUCGUAUGACUGGUUUUAGAAGAGAUGGCAAAUACAAGGACAUGGCCGGGCACGACAUAAAUUAUCUCGCGGUGUCUGGAGUGUUAUCGAUGCUCGGAACCCGUGAUGCACCUCCAUCACCCCCAAUGAACCUUCUCGGAGACUUUGCAGGCGGCGGCCUGGUGUGUUUCCUGGGCAUUAUUCUCGCUUUAUAUAACCGUACUCAGACAGGCUGUGGUCAGAUUGUCGAGGCCAACAUGGUGGACGGCGCCGCAUUUAUUGCAACCUCUCCAAGGCUGGCUAUGAAGACUGCGCUCUGGAACAAACCGCGGGGAACCAAUCUUCUAGAUGGUGGAUGUCCUUAUUACGCCACUUAUAGAACCAAAGAUGAUGGAUAUGUAGCUGUGGGAGCUCUUGAACCGCACUUCUUUAAGCUGCUCGUGGAAAAGCUUUCACCAUAUGGCUUUCAAGUCGAGGGCGCUAGAGAUGACGUUGCAGUUUGGCCUCAUAUUCGAGCGCAGCUUACUCGCAUUUUUUCAUCUAACACAAGAAGCCAUUGGGAAUCAACGUUUGAUGGAACAGACGCGUGCGUGACGCCCAUUCUAACUCAGCAGGAAUUAGAGGCAUCCGCGUAUGACCAAAGACCCCUCGUUCGACUGAGCCAUUCUCCAUCUCUCCCUAUCGCGAUACCGCAGGGAGCCCCUGGUAUAGCGGGUGACGGAUGGGAACCAGACCCGCUGAAGCCAGGCCAGGGCGGUGACCUGAUAUUGGAGGAAUGGAUGGGUUGGAAAUGCGGUCACGAUUACCAUCACACAGCACAUGGUGUUGUGAAAGGUGCUAAGAAGAGUGAUGUCACUGCAUACUAUAUCCCGCGAGAGACUCGUACAGUCCUGAUGCAGGGGCUUUUGGAACACCCUCAACACAAGGGUUUACCUGGUGAGGCGAAGACAUUUGCAGAAUACAUCACAUUCGAAGGCUCGCCUAAUCCUUGUUUGCCUAUAAACUGGAGACUUGCUGAGAGCGUUGCAUCGCUGAAAGGACUCGAAGCAGUGCUCCUGAGUGUGUUGAUCAAGCGUAAAUAUGGCCAAGGACCAUUUCCAGUCACCAUCAAUACCGAUCAUGCACAGCUAUUCUUCAUGUCUGCUCUCUUAGUCGAGGUUAACCCGGAUCUCUCUCAGCCCAUCCAGCCGACACCAAUCCGCGAACUCACCGAGAAGUACGCGACACAUUUCCCAAACAGAGACUUGCACCAGAUGGCCUCGUCACCAUUUCGCAAGGCAGUUACGAAUAUCUAUAAAACCCGGGACAAUCGAUUCUUCCAUCUUCAUGGCAGUCUCAAUCCGAAUCCAAGCCUUGCAGCAAUUGGCUUCGGGCAGGAUGACCCGGAGAUUAAGGACACAGAAUCAUCUUGGGUGCCGUUUAUGAGACGCAUCGAAGAGGAGAAUGCCGAGUUCUGGGAUAACAAACUCGGGAACGAACAUAGACAGGCUGCCACAAUAUGCCUGGACGCGGUCGAGUAUGCGGAGAGCCCACAAGGCAGGGCCAACGCUGGCAUGGGCUUGUACAAAGUGAUGCGGCAGGAAUCAACACAGCAGAGCGGCUGGUGGAGAGGAGCUUCGACCAAAACUUCAUUUCAGCGGCCCCUCGCAGGCCUUAAAGUCGUCGACUUGACGCGUGUCAUCGCAGGCCCAGCUAUCGCCCGUGGCCUCGCGGAACUUGGAGCCAGCGUCAUGAGAGUCACGGCACCUCAUCUACCCGAUUUCUCAGGCUUACACCCAGAUCUGAACUGGGGCAAAUGGAAUUGCUCACUUGAUUUACGCCGCGAAGAGGACAGGGAGAAGCUGUGUAAGCUCAUAUUGGAUGCUGAUGUGGUGGUGAACGGGUACAGGCCUUAUACCCUGGAUAAGUUCGGAUUUGGCGCCAAGGAUGUCUUCAAGAUGACGGAGGGACGGGAAAGAGGAAUCAUCUAUGUUCGCGAAAAUUGCUUUGGUUGGGAUGGCCCAUUGUCACACCGGAGCGGAUGGCAGCCCAUCAGCGAUGCACACAGUGGUAUUUCUAUGGGAUUCGGUCGAGCAAUGGGUAACAACGAACCAGUCACUCCAGUGUUUCCUAACUCUGACUAUUGUACUGGCAUAGCCGGAACCUGUGCCGUUCUGGAAGCGCUCAUAAAACAAUCGGAAGAGGGCAGCUCAUAUCUGGUCGAUACUUCGUUGAACUACUACAAUCAAUGGUUAGCAAAGUACGUGGGCGAGUAUCCUGCUCAAGUCUGGGAAGACGUAUGGACGCGGACGGGCAGGGAAGUGUUUCGACAUUACCAAAGCAUGAACUACAGCAUUCCGAGGUUUAUUGCCAAGAUGAGACAAGACAAGACCUUGUUGAAAGCCGAAUUCUUUGAACGGCGACAGUCUGAGGCCCUAGGUGGGCUGAUGUUCCGAACCCCUAGACCGGUCUUGCAAUUUCCUGUCGACACUGUACAACUGGGUUACAAUGUUGGGACCCGGGGUAAUGGUAUCGAUCAGGCAUACUGGCCUGACGACUUAUCCACUGAAAUUGUCACAUAA